AUGAAGUUCGAAUCCAUUAUCCUCAGUGUUCUCGCCGCUGCCACGACAGUCGUCCAGGCAAUGCCGGCAUCAAAUAAACAAUGCGAGAACAUGUUCACGGUAGACCAGAAGGAAGACUUUCCAGUAGAAUGCAGAAAAGAAUGGAUUUAUGCAGUCGAUAUGUGCAGUGGACAUGAGCCUGCGCCACAGCCUGGCACGGAGCUCCUGGCUUGUCUUGCAGCCGCGCUAAAAGAUUUUGAAGCGUCUAAGCAAGGCGCCUCUCAACUGACAAAGCGGGAACGUGACCAAGACAGAGAGCGCAGGGAAAGAGAGUUUAGGGAGCGGAGAGAAAGAGCUGAUAGGGAGCGGAGGGAGAAGGAAGAUAGAGAGCGGAGGGAGAAGGAGGAUCGGGAGAGGAGGGAAAGGGAGGAUAGGGAGCGGAGGGAAAGGGAGCAAAAUAAUAGAGAUAAAGAUGGAAAGCCUACAAAUGUGUGCACGCAUGAUGACUGGAAGAAUAAUAGGCCAUGUGCUCAGCCAUGA